AUGGGUGUUACUGAUGUGCUUAGCCGAAAGUCUGGCGUCAUUGUCGGAGAUGAUGUCCUGAAGCUUUUCGCGUACGCCCGCGAGAAACAAUUCGCCGUUCCUGCCAUUAAUGUCACGUCUUCCUCGACCGUCGUCGCGUCCCUCGAGGCAGCUCGCGAUGCCAAGUCUCCCAUCAUUCUGCAGAUGUCACAAGGUGGUGCUGCCUACUUCGCCGGCAAGGGCCUAAGCAACACUGAACAGGCUGCCUCAAUUGCUGGCGCUGUUGCUGGGGCCACGUAUAUCCGCUCCAUUGCACCGUCUUACGGUAUUCCGGUCAUUCUCCAUACAGACCACUGUGCCAAGAAGCUCCUGCCAUGGCUCGACGGCAUGCUCGAUGCCGACGAAGCUUAUUUCAAGACUCAUGGCGAGCCGCUUUUCAGCUCACAUAUGAUUGAUCUCUCUGAAGAGCCCGUUGACUGGAAUGUCGAGACUACCGCAAAGUACCUGAAGCGAGCCGCCCCCAUGAAGCAGUGGCUCGAGAUGGAAAUAGGUAUUACUGGAGGUGAAGAAGAUGGCGUCAACAAUGAAGACGUCGACAAUGCCUCUUUGUACACCCAGCCGGAAGAUAUCCUCAACAUCUACAACAUCCUGGAACCCAUCUCUCCUUACUUUUCCAUUGCUGCCGGAUUCGGAAAUGUCCAUGGCGUUUACAAACCUGGCAAUGUCAAGCUCCAUCCUGAGCUUCUCGGCAAGCAUCAAAGUCACGUAAAAGCCGCCAUCAAUGUCAAGGAGGAUAAGCCCGUCUUUUUUGUUUUCCAUGGUGGCUCCGGUUCCAGCAAGACAGAAUACCUCGAUGCCAUUAGCCACGGGGUUGUCAAGGUCAACAUGGACACCGACAUGCAAUUUGCCUACAUGUCCGGCAUCCGCGAUUACAUGUUGAACAAAAAGGACUACCUUCUUACCGCCGUUGGCAACCCUGACGGCGAGGACAAACCCAACAAGAAAUUCUUUGAUCCACGUGUUUGGGUUCGAGAGGGUGAGAAAACCAUGUCUGCCCGUGUUUCCGAGGCUCUUAAAGACUUCAACUGCGCCAACCAACUGUAA